AACACUCGUUUUUCACCAAUCGGCAUCCACUCCCAAUUUUUUUCUUCAAUGGCGUUGCUCUCAUCUUUCCUUUCACCCAACCCCAUCUCCCUUCACCUAUUCACUCCUAAACCCUCUGCAAAAAUUCCCAGGCUAUUUUUACCUUCACUUGCUUCAUUAACCACUCCUCCUCCUUCUUCUUCCAACCCUUCGGCAUCAGCUUCUCAAGAGUCGACGUCGGCUGCAACAACUCAAACUUUUUCAAAACAGCCAGAAUUGCCCUACAACUAUGCCUUCGCAGGAGACCCCGUCGUACGAUUUUUACAGUCUACGGAAUCUACGAUUGAAAGAGUGAUAUUUGACUUCCGUUUUCUUGCACUUCUAGCGAUUGGAGGAUCAUUGGCAGGCUCUCUGCUCUGCUUUCUUAAUGGGUGUGUCUACAUAUUUGAUGCAUACAAAGUAUACUGGACAAGCUGUGUCAAAGGAAUCCAUACUGGAAAAAUGGUUCUGAGAUUGGUUGAAGCUAUUGAUGUAUAUCUUGCUGGGACUGUGAUGCUAAUAUUUGCAAUGGGCUUGUACGGACUAUUCAUUUCAAACGUGCCUCCGGAUGUACCUCCUAGCGUGGAUCGCGCACUAAUAGGGUCUUCCUUAUUUGGGAUGUUUGCUUUGAAGGAGAGGCCGCAGUGGAUGAAGAUCAGUUCGCUGGACGAGCUGAAGACGAAAGUAGGGCAUGUGAUAGUGAUGAUCCUUUUGGUGAAAAUGUUCGAAAGGAGCAAGAUGGUAACCAUAGCAACAGGGCUGGACUUGUUGAGCUACUCUGUUUGUAUAUUUUUGUCGUCGGCAUCCUUGUACAUUCUUCACAAUCUGCACAAAAACGACACGCAUUAGUACCCCAACCAGAACAAGACCAAUGCUUGUAUCAAUGUAUAAUUCACCAUAAUGGGAGGAUAUGUGUAUAUGAUACUGGGUUUUUGUCUUUCAUAGUUUGGGUAAAAUUUUUUUGUCUUA